GUGGCUAGAAUGAACAAAGAAACUGAAUUGUAUCUUCGCACUUUUUUCUACAACAGUCGGGCGGAGGACAUGGUAUUGGAUGUCCAAUGUCGUACUUGGGACUCUGCACUCUGAAUCCUUCGGAACGGCCACCACGAAGGGCUUGCUUUUUCUGGCCAUGAUGCCGGGUCUUUUACAGACGCUAAUCUUCGCAAUAGGCAACCCUCAAGGCCAGUCCACGCCAAUAAUUCUCUUCAGCAACUCGCUAGCGCAAACGGAGAAGACUCCACUCGCUUUCUCGCCCUCUCUCAAAGGACACAAAACCUGGAGGUUCAACGGCGCUAUCGAAGCAUUUGUGACCGUUAUAUUUGCCAGACACUGUGUCCUAACUCGCUCGUGGCGCUUCGCGUUUCCUCCUUUUUGGCUCCCCCUUGCUUGAUCUUCCCGCUCGUGGCGCAGGACCGCAAGUGCUUUUGAGCACCGACACGUGUGAGCCCGACUUGGUGUGGUGGACCUCGGGGGCGCACAGAGCAGGAGUCAGUGGGAGGAUUCUUACAUAUUCGACUCAUUUGCCAGUACUGCCUGAUUCCUCCCACUCAUGAUCGUGAACGCCGUUAUUUGAACCCCCUCAUUCCAAGACCUAUGGGACUUGGUAGCACUACUAGUGUGUCGUUGGCAGCUCCUCCAAAAUGUCAUAGUUCUCGACCGGUCGGUUGCCGUCCGCUGGAACCGGCUUUCGGGACGACGCGACCCAAAGAACCAGUUCCUUUCGGGGGGCGGCCAGCGCAUCAUUGCCCCCUGAAUGGUCAAAAUGAGGCAGUGGCAGGCUCCAGUGGGGAGAAAAAUUGUGGAGAAUACCGCCCGUCGCCUGCGACACUCCAAAAUCAAUCGAUCCGCUCUCCAUGAAAGAAGACGGAGCAGAUAAACUGCGUAUGAGAGGCUUCCCCAAUAGUAUUGCACCGUUUUUUUUUAUAUACAAAUCUUCGGCCGCAAGAUCUAAUCCAAGCGGUCUGGCAAAGUGUCCGAAACGGACUCGAAGCGCCUCUCGGCGAUACUAUACGUAAAUCACUCCAUCAUAUGGUUCCAUUUCCCGCCUCCCCGGGAGAUCCUUGCCCUAACCAAACUCUGCCCCGGGAGAUGGCCGGCUGCCCCUCGUCGGCUUGGAGGGGGAGGGGCAUAUUGCUAUUCUGUACAAGCGAGGCAGAUAGUCACGAUCGCUAUCGGCUUUUAAUCAUUACCAGCAAAAACUAUCGUCUUACUCUUGUGGGGGUUCUCUUUUCCAGACGAACACGAGGGAAUAGGAUCGUCGAUCCUCCCCCGGACACCGAGAUCUCCCCGUAACUCCCACGAUACUCCAGGUCUCAGUGGUAAACCUGGUAGAGAGACGUACCUAUCUUCUCUCUCCUUGGUCAUUUCAAAACCCAGCCUGCAUACUUGCCAUCGCGGUCGAUCGCCUUCGCCCUAGCGCACUUCUCUACUCCAAUUACCCCGACGGCACUUCUAGAUGCCGGAUAACAGUAGGUUACCAGAAUAGGAAAGUAUUACAUUUUUUCAUGGGCAACACACUCCGUAGGCAGGGGGGACUGGCAACUGGAUCCCGACUGAUUACAGAAUAUACUUUUGACCACGCAGCGCAGAUAAAGCACGCCAUUUUCUCAGUUUGAAACUCUCUCCAAUCAGUAGAGGUGAGAUUAGGUACUCAAGACCUAGGAUGAUAUGCAAGGAUCAACUAUGGCAUCAUCGGGAGGUGCAUUGGCAAUGGCUAUGACUAAGCACUGGCAUCGUCAACUCCGAUCCCAACGAAACACGGACUUGGCAGAUCGAUCUUAGCUGGGAGUUGUGUAUCCGACCAAUGGCAGUGGAUUCAGCAUGGAAGUAUCGGAGGGGCAUGAUAGAACCAACGGGAAUGGUGACGUUGAACGACCGCCCGAGCAACUUAUACUAUAGUCAGGAGAUAGCAUCCCUUGGUCAUACUAGAUCCAUCGUUCGAUUCUGCUUCAAACUGCCCCGCGAUCAUCCCACCAUAUACGGUGGGGCAGAUCGGUUGACGAGGCAAAAGUUUGCCCUCCUAUCCACUUCAUAUGUCUACACUCAUACUGCUCAACACAAAGUUCUGCUUCAGACAUGUCAACGUCAAUUCCAGUGCCUAAAGAGGCAGACUAUGUCAUCGUUGGAGGAGGCACUGCUGGCUUGGUGCUGGCUGCGCGGCUAUCCGAGGAUCCCCGCACAACUGUUGUGGUUUUGGAAGCUGGCAAAGACAUGACUCAGGAUCCUCGAGUGAACAUUCCUGCCCUCUGGACGUCUUUGAUGGGAUCAGAUGUGGACUGGCAGUACAACACGAGCCCUCAGGCCACGCUGGGAAAUCGAUGUAUCAAAGAACCGCAGGGAAAGCUCCUUGGUGGAUCAUCAGGAAUCAAUGGACAAGCUUUUAUUGCCCCUACCAAGGCUGGCAUUGAUGCGUGGUCCAAGCUAGGAGCCACCGGCUGGACGUGGGAAGCGUUACAGCCAUUCUACAAAAAGGCCUACACACUCCAGCUGCCAGACCGGGCGACUCAGGAGCACAUUGGUCUAAGCUGGAUGGACAAGGAGAAUCACGGAUCCUCGGGACCUCUUAAGGUCUCCUUCCCGGCCGUGGCUCAAGACCCCUUAUCCAAAGCCUGGGUUGAGACCUUCGAGUCCAUCGGCUACGGAGUCACCUCCGAUCCGUUCUCCGGUGAUUCCACGGGAGGAUACAGUACAAUGGCUUCCGUCGAUGCCGAGACCAAGACACGAAGUUAUGCCGCACUAGGCUAUGGCCUACCCGCGAUGCAGCGACCCGGUGUCCGCAUUCUAACCGAGGCACUCGCGCACAAGAUUCUAUUCAACCCCGCUACGGGUGGAACCCGCGAUGCGACGGCAACAGGAGUCGAGGCAAUGAUUCAGGGUGAACUCCACCAAAUCAUCGCUAAGCGAGAGGUGAUCGUCUCCGCCGGGGCCCUCAAUACCCCUAAGCUUCUGGAAUUGUCCGGUAUUGGGAACGCGUCGAUUCUCCGUCAAUUAAACAUCCCGGUUGUGGUGGAUAAUCCAAAUGUGGGCGAGAACCUCCAGGAUCAUCUGAUGACGGGGAUUAGCUUCGAGGUCGCCGAGGGCAUCCACACUGGCGAUCCUUUGCUGCGCCAGGAGCCGACCGCGCUGCAAGCCGCCAUGCAGCUCUACACGGAGCACCAGGCUGGCCCAAUGGCGAGUGGCGGGGUACAAUCGGGCGCCUAUAUGCCGGUCCGUGACUUGGACGGACCCCAAGGUAGUCCGGAGAGCAUGGCCACGUAUAUGGAGCAGUUCCUUUCACAGCCAGACAUUCGCCAGGAAGCAAUUCACGACAUAUUCGUCCAGCCCAAGGCUCCAACUUGUUCCAAUGUCAUGUUCCUCGCCCAGGCAAACUUGCACGAAAGCGGCAAGAGCUUCGUGGGGCAAGAUCUGCUUGCCGGAAACUUUCUGAGUCUGGGUCUGAUUCAAAGUAUGCCGUUCUCCCGCGGGCACGUCCACAUCUUAUCGGCGGAUCCAAGCGACCAGCCCGUGAUCGACCCACGCUACUUGUCGCACCCGUUGGACUUGGACCUUUUUGCGCGCAACCUGCUGGACCUGGAGAGAUUACACACGGCCGAGCCACUGGCGCGAUACCUCAAGCCCAAUGGGCGUCGUAAUCAUCCCGACGCCUUCCUGACCGAUCUGGAUAGUGCUAAGAGAUAUAUUCGCGAUACGGCCACCACCACCUAUCAUUCGUGUGGAACGGCAGCUAUGCUUCCAAGGGAGAGUGGGGGUGUUGUGGACGAACGACUUCGAGUGUAUGGCACGGCUAACCUUCGGGUGUGCGACGCCAGUAUCUUCCCGCUGAUCCCCGCAGCCAACAUCAUGUCAACGGUUUACGCCGUGGCUGAAAAAACGGCAGACCUGAUUAGAUCCGAGGCCUGAGAGUAACAAAGAGUUUCCAGAAUAUUGACAUAAAUCGCAAUCGAGGUGAGUUGGCAAUUGAGGGGCGACACACAUAGUGGGGGCGAAGGAAGAAGGGGAAGUCAAAUCUCCACCAUGAUGGAUCGUGCUUUUUGGAGGGCCAUAUGUCAUGUAUGGAUUGUCAAUAGGUGAUUAUUUUCACUCGCUUGAUCUUCUGUGAUGAUCUUGCCACGCUUUAAUUUUAAUUUUCUUUUAUUCUCCGACGUUAAAUUCCACGCUAAGGGUAUUGCUCUUUGCAGUAUCUGCUGCGGGCGAUCCUUAUUGACUGGAAACCUGGAAAACACCUCCCUCGUGGCUAGCAGGGGUUGCAGAAUGCACGAAAAAUACUAUUUUAGCGCCAUGCAACCAUGUUCCUGGC